UGGGAUGGUCCGGAAAUCCCGUGAUAAAAAGAGGGAGUAGAGAAAGUAAGGAGCUCGCGGCUUGUCCUUCCUCCGUUGCUGCCUCAUCGUGCCAGGACCCUGUUCAAAGGAAGAUAACUUCUCGCGCCUCCUCCUGUCUAUGCCCUUCAAGCGACGCCUUUUAACUCCCGAGGAACACAUGGACCCGGCUAGGAAGGGGAGGCUGAUCUGCUAGGAAAGCUGGGAAAGGACCUUGUCUCCGUGUCUCAAGGAGGGGAGAGAGAACGUCAGGAACCCAGGCGCUGCAAAGAAGCUGCAGGCUGCAACUCAAGAACUUGUCUCCAUCUGAAUUGCAUGUGAGAACUGCUCUGGUGGGAAGGAAUCUAAAGCCAUCACCAUGGAAUUUGUAAUGAAGCAAGCCUUAGGAGGGGCUACCAAAGAUAUGGGGAAGAUGCUGGGUGGAGAAGAAGAGAAGGAUCCAGAUGCUGCCAAGAAGGAAGAAGAACGACAGGAAGCCCUUCGGCAGCAGGAAGAAGAGAGGAAAGCUAAAUAUGCCAAGAUGGAGGCUGAAAGGGAAAAUGUGAGGCAAGGGAUUCGGGAUAAGUACGGAAUAAAGAAGAAGGAAGAAAGGGAAGCAGAAGCCCAGGCUGCUCUGGAAGCCAAUGCCGAAGGGAGCCUGACACGUCCAAAGAAGGCCAUCCCCCCUGGCUGUGGCGACGAGGACGAGGAGGAAGAUGAGAGCAUUCUAGACACCGUUAUCAAAUACCUGCCUGGUCCCCUCCAGGACAUGUUCAAGAAGUAAAUGGCUACAGACUGCCAGUCUGUCCGUGGACAGUAAAGGAAAUGGAUUUCCCAUUGACCAAAUGGGGAAUUUAUACUUUGCCACACAUCACGCAACCUCUCCCCAUCCACCCACCCACCCACCGCUCCAGCCCCUUG